UGCUGUUGACGGGAUUUGGGCCCGAUACUCCUCCCCCCCUCUGCUGCCAUGUCGUCGACCUCGUCCGUCACCACCCCUCCCGUCAAGCGAGCCUGCGACAGCUGCCACCGCCGAAAGGUGAGAUGCAUUGGCGAAGGCACUAAUCCGUGCAAGAACUGCAUAUCGGCCGGCCUGACGUGCACCUACAAUGCCAUUCCGCAGAAGAAAGGCCCCAAGGGCAGCCGCGCAAAGGUCCUCUCUGAGCUGCGAGAGACCCAGAGGCAGUCCCAUCUCGCCAGCGGCUAUCCCCCCGACCUGAGCUUCGAUGGCCGCCCGCUGCCGGCGUCAUUUGCUCGCACCCCCGGUCUGCUUCCUCCAGGCCUGGUCGAGAGCUGCAUCGACUUCUUCUUCUCGAACCUGUACCCUUCUCAGCCCAUUUUGCAGCGCCAGCGCCUCCAGGACUCCGUCAUGAGCAUGGACCAGAACGCUGGCUCCUACUGUCUGAUUGUGGCGCUUUGCGCCUAUGUUAUGAUCCAGUCGAACAUGAGCGUGCCUCCAACCAUCCACAUGCAUCCGGAAAUGAGCCAGAUGCCAGUCAUUAGUUUGGGCAUCACUCUGCUCGAGGAAGCUGUGCGCGUGCGGAAGGGGCUUGAAUACGUUGAGGACCCCUCCACCACAUCCAUCGUCACCUCUUUCUUCUUCUACGGGAGCUACUUCUGCCUAGACAAGGACAACAGCGCGUGGUUCUACUUGCGAGAGGCGACGACUAUGGCCCAGCUCAUCGGUAUGCAUGACGAGGGGACCUACAAGACGGCAGACACUGUCGAAUGUGCCAACAGACGGCGCCUGUACUGGCUUCUAAUCAUGACUGAAAGGGCAUAUGCACUCCACAAGCACCGUCCUGUCACUCUUCAUGCGACCAUACAUCCGCCCUCUCUCGACGAAGAUCCCACCGACAGCAUGGCCCUCUCCGGCUUUCUGCAGCUCAUAGACCUCUACAAGCCCUUUGACGAUUCUUUCAUCGCACUUUGGAAUAAGACGACGCCGAGUGGCACUGGUGGCGCUAACCCCUCAUGGCUCGCCUCACUGCAAGUUCAGCUGCAAGAAAUGCUUCCCGCGUACCUCGAUUGUACGGAAAUCCAGGCUGCAGAUCUCCGCGUUACGCAGCAAUGGCUGAGGGCAGUGGUAUGGCAGCUGUGCGUCAGUCAGGGCUUCGUGAGCAGCCUGGCCACCGACCCCGGCAUGACCUUCAAAUAUCCAAUUGAGAUUUCGAAUGAUCUGCUUAGCAUGACGCAGCACAUUUCACAGCAGGCGAUGGAGGUGCAUGGCGUAGGACUCAUCGAAAAACUCUUCGAUAUCUCCUGCUGCCUCACCGACGUAAUCGCUGUAAUCCCCUUCUCCCCAACAACCUUCUCAAUGGGGCCCCGCGACUACCUCUCCCGCUUCGUCGCCCUCAUCUCCACCCUCCGCAACGGCCAAACCCGCUAUGCGCCCCUCCUGCACUCCAAAAUCAACGACGUCCUGCCCAACCUCAACAUCCCCGUCCCGCCCAUCCACGCCAACCCCGCGCUCCAUAUCCCGCCCCACCCGCAAUCCGUCUCCUCUGUUUCCUCCAGCGCCAGCAUCCCCGAAUACAAGCUCCCGCCGCAAGCCCUCAACAUGCCCGGCAGCUCCGGCGACCUAAUGCGCCAGCUGCAAUCGCAGAUCUCCGCCCAAGGCGGGCCCUUGGGCCAACAACAACCCCCUUCCUCCCUCCUGCCCCCCUCCUCCCGCAUCGAAGACAUGUCCCUGUACGACUCCUCCGCCCCGCACAGCACCCACUCCGCCUCGGCGCCCGCCUCGCACGAAGCCACGCCCAUCCCGGGGGGUGCGGGCAGCACAGGCGCGUACGACUCCAGCCCGGGCAGCUCGCUCAGCCACCACCCGCAGCACCACCAGGCGCACGGCGGCCACGGGCACCAUCUGCAGCCGCAGCCGCACAUGGGCAGCGGGCUGCCGUAUGAGCUGAGCCCGAGCAUGCGGUUCCAGACGUUUGGAGUGGGCGCGGCCAUGGGGUUUCAGGGGGAGCAGCAGGGCGCGGAUGAGCGCAGGGGCCAUCAGCAGCCGCCGCGGCCGCCGCAGCAACAGCAGCAGCAGC